AUGAGACCUAAACCCCCUCCCUUCGAUUUCUUCUCCCCCAUUCCCCACAGACCCAAAACGUCGGAUGAUGGUUCUGAAAGCUUAUGGUGGAACUUUUGGUGGAGGGAGGGAUUGGGUGUGGUGGGUAUAGAGUUGUGGGUGUGGGGAAAGAGUUUGGGAGAUGAGGAGGUGAGGUGGGAGGAGAGGAGAGUGCACAUGGAGGGUGAGAAAUUGACAGUGACUAUGAUUUUGGGAGGCGGGGUUGGCGGGUGA